UGGACAAGGCACGCCUUUUAUACCCGGGGACAGUCAGCAAAAAAAAAUAAUGUGUGGCUAUGGUGGCGACAUCACGUGUUCUAUUGCUGACGGGACGCGUUUCAAUGACAUCACUGGCCUUCAACGACGACUUGCUGCUCUUGAUCGUCCUUUGCACACAUCCACAUUCAACGACACAACUUUCACUGAUUGAACCACAAGAUAUGCUUCGAUUCUCUGCCUGCCGUCUUAACAUGCGCUCAACGACGCUCCGUGCUAUCCUUGUCCGCACCACUCACACAAACGCAAAUCGUCUUUCAGCGGCAGAGCUUUCGGAGAAGUUGAAUGCCACUGCAAACCCAAAUGAUACUAUUACCGUCGACCUAAAGGCUAACCAAGAGAUGGGAAGCAGCGGGUACACUGAUUCAAGUUACAAAAUAAAAGUUUCCGACUUGAAAGAUAUUCUGAAUAAAAGCGAGAGUCAAGGACCCGCCACACAGCCCCGCUUUCAGUACUCCUCUGGCCACAUUCAAUGCUACAUCAAUUCACAUCGGUCAUCUGAUGUCGCUCAGGAACUAGUCCAGCGUGCUCAAAAGAAUCCAGACAGGUGCAAAGCGGAGCCUGUCGAACAAAGUUUUCAAGAUUCAGAGUACACGGCUGCUAAUAAAGAUAUGAGCAAGACAACAGGAUCCUCGCAGCCAACUAAUCUCUGAGGACCAAUAAUAGAUGAAGGAUUUCUUGUUUUCAGCUUAUUUACUUUGUAAGAUUGGGACACUUGUUACAUGGUUAUAACGCAUGAGCAGGGUUGCGUAUUUUCACAAUACAAUAUCCAUACUGUCUUCUUGA